AUGGCAUCGUCGUCUCGCCCUGAUAGACCUUGCGAUGCCUGCCGCAAGAGAAAGAUAAGAUGUUGGGUGUCUGAUUCAGGCCGUGAUUGCGCUCUGUGCCGGUCUCAUGGCCAACAAUGCACCUUUAUUGAGGCGCCUCCCAAGAAGAAGCGAAAGCAAACCGAUGCAGCCUCCCCGGACGAGGCUGUUGUCGUCUCAGUCUCGCCAGCAACGACCCAGAAAGAACAACCGCACGAUUACUCGAAUUUUCCAGAGGCGUCGUUGCUAAGGCAGACUCUUGGCCAUCAACACUUUCGAACAAACUCUUACAUCGGCGCUACGUCGUCUCCAAGCCGCCUGCUGCUUGAACUUCCGGCUAUCUCUCAGCUAGGCAAAUAUCGAGCCUCUGUUCCUGACUGCGAGGUUCGUCGCGUCGGCCAGAAUGGCUAUUUCCUCAUGCUUCCAGAUGACCAGGAUGUCAUCAACGACCAACUUGAGGUUCUCGACAGAAUCGAGGCUACCAUAUCGCCCCAUGGACCAGCUCUGGUUGAGCUAUACUUUCGUAUCGUUCACCCCAGCUUCCCAAUUCUUCACAAAGAUGUCUUCCUCGUGAAGUAUGGCCGCUCAUAUCGGGAACUAACACCCGCAUGUUUGGCUGCUGUUUAUAUGUUGGCCUUGAACUGGUGGUCCUAUAGCGUUGACCUUGCUUAUUUCGUGAAGCCUGAUGUCUUGGGCCUUGAACAAGUUGUUCCAUGUCUAAUGGCGUUCGAUAAGGCCGCCAAAGUCUCUGAUAUCCAGGCCGGCUUACUGUUCUUACAGCGGCCCAGACACGAUUCUUGGAGGUUGACGGCUCAACUAGUUGCUACUGCCGAAGAGGUUGGUUUGCACCGCGACUGCACACAUUGGCAAAUUCCUGACUGGGAGAAAGGCGUGCGCAGACGCCUCGCCUGGGCUCUCUUCAUGCAGGACAAAUGGGGAGCGCUCGUGCAUGGACGUCCCUCACACAUCAAGGUGGACAAUUGGGAAGUCUUUCCGCUCAAACAGGAUGACUUUCCAGAGAAUGUUGAAGAGGAUGACGUGGAGCAGGGGAGCUCCGAGGUGGAGAAAGGCAUUCUAAUCUUCAUACAUCUCUCAACACUGACACAAAUACUGUCCGACGUUAUCGACGAGCUGUUUACCGUACAAGCCAGCAAGAGACAUGACAGCACAGUCGCUCUGCUGCAAACAGUUAAGCCGAUUCAACUACGACUGAAGGCUUGGUAUAGCAAUCUUCCCUCUUGUUUGGAACUCGGCACUACCCAAUCUAGAAAAUUGUCGGCUACAGGGCAACUAUACCUAGCCUAUCUGACCGUGGAGGUGACUCUCCACCGAGCGAUUGUCGAGUCAGAGAUGAAGCAACCUCUAGACGCUGGUCUGCGACGGAUAACACGAGAAGCGGCGAUCAUGAGGUUCAAAUCCGUUGUCGACUUUCUGAAACGGCUGAAGCCCGAACAUAUGCAAGGAUUCUGGCAUUUCGCUUCGGGAUCUUGCUUGGCUAUUAUCGCCACGUUCUCGUUGGUGCUUCUCGCGACAAGCACUGAACCGAGCGAGUCGAGAGCUAUCCAUUCUCAAAUCGCCGAGUUUCGAUGGCUGCUCAACAUCAACGGACCCGGCGCUGGCUUCACCAAAUCCGCGGUCGACCUCCUGCAAUCAAAUGCGGGUUUCCUGGCGACAUAUCGCCCUCAAGGUCCUCCCAACGUCAUCCCUGGUCAUGAUCAAGGACGAACAGAUCGGUCUGCGGAUCAGACACGGUCGACGUCAUUGUCAAACACUGAAAGCCAAGAUGAGGCUGACAGCCACAUACCGAACACGCAGGCCUUCGAAAAUAUUGCUGAAGACCUCCAGGCCUUACCAGCAGGUAUUAGCUUUAGCCCGAACCAGCCCUGGCUCUAUGAUUUCGACGACCUUGUCUCCCAGACCUGUUCUACGUAG